GGUGGGUCAGGCCCAAAUUCCUUGUUGAACUCUUCCCACUCUUCCCAAAGGUCCAGCUUAGAGCAUAGUAACAUCAGAUCGGCAGUGAACAAUGCCUCAACUCAACUUGGCUCCACACCUGGUAGAAAUCUUGGAAAUACACAGUCUCCUGGUCGUCUGAAUACUGAGCAUCAAGAUCGGAGUGUGCACAGAAGCACCAUACCCAGCUCAGACCUGACCACAACAGCAUCGGUGGCACGUAAUAGCACACUUAGUCGAGGCAAAAUGAUUGCCAGAACAAAUCUGUGGGAAAGACAGAAUCCACACGGCCAUCCCCAUCAUCCUCAGGGGCAAAGAUCGAACCUUGACACACGGCAAGAUUGGACGAAAUGGCUAGAAGUCUCCGUGAAACUGGAAGGUAUCCCUCUUGACACGACAGCUUUAGAGAUAUUUCAGACAUUACAAGCAUACGGUCGCAUUGAAUCUAUUCGCAUACCGCAACCUACUCAGAGGGACGCGUUUGGUCAUGCGUACAUCACCUUCUCACCCGCACCAAUUACUGCCUUUUGGAUGUCAGGUAGCAUAGGUCUCACGAUCAAUGGAGGGCUCCGCAGGAUCCGAGUAUUUCUCCAAAACCCAAGGCGUCCACAAAUGAUCAGCAGCCCACUGCGUCCCGACGUGAUGUAUUUGGAAGUCAUGACCCUUCGGCUUUCCAGCCUGGAUUUAGGGUUUCUCUCAGACGACAGAACUAUGACUGUCAUGAAGACAAUCAAGAAUGUUCUCUUUUAUCAAAAGGUUUUAUAUGUUGACAUUGAUCAAGACUAUUGGUGCUUGGUUAUCUCCCAAAAGCACCCUCCUCGCUUCUGGAAACGCCGCAAUAAUAUGGAACUUUCCCAUAAAGGCGACAAGAGAAAGUGGGGAGAUUUAGACACUUGGCUGAGAACCACUGAAAUCAGCUACGCAGAUUGGGCUAAGCAGUAUCCUGUCACAAUGCAAGAGCCGUUUCAAUUCAUUGACAUUGGAAAAUGGACUACCUACCGGCUUCUGUUCCUCAAGUCCGACACACCAAUGUGGAAUAACAUAAGGGCUGCCCUGAGUGACUUUAAUAUUCAGAUCGUCACAACUGAUAUAAGCACAUUUACUUGGAAACGAGGAUCUCCAUCGAACUUCCGCGAGAUUGUCGAUGAUCCAAUAGUUGUAGAGACAAACGACCACCUGGCUCUAUUACACCGCACAGACAAGAUCGAUCUCUCCUUUGAAGUCAGGUAUCAGCUAGAAGCAGCCAUAUCGCAAGGCGUAUUUAAUGAGCAAAGCAUUACUCCUGAGUUCCUUUGUCGACUAUCGAACAUGGACAGCGCAAGAGGGACUGGCAGCCAGAAUAGUGUUCAUGUCCAGUACACCAUCAAUGGAUUUCCGGUUCCCAGAAACACACAAAGGGCCAGCCUGAUCAACAAAGCUAAGAAUGUCCUUGAAUACGUAACAGAGGCUGACAAGCCUGUAUACAACCCAAUGACCGUUCUCGAGAACAGAUUGGCUCUGACGCACCAUACAUUCAUUACAUUGCCGGACCAUUGCACUUGGGUGAGAAAAGUCAUUGUAACCCCCUCAAAAGUAUACUUUAGUUCGCCAUCACCAGAAACUACAAAUCGAGUGCUUCGACAUUAUGCCAAGCAAGGCGAUCGGUUCCUCCGUGUACAGUUUACAGACGAGCGUAAUGAAGGCAAGAUCCACGCACAGGCUGAUAGCGAUGUGAGCGAUGCUCUGUACAACAGAGUUUAUCGCACUCUUCGCAAUGGUAUACGCAUCGGUGACAGACAUUAUCAGUUCCUCGCUUUCGGUAACUCCCAGUUUCGUGAACACGGUGCUUACUUCUUCUGCCCGACUGCCACCGUAUCCUGCAAUGAUAUUCGUGACUGGAUGGGUGACUUUAGCCACAUCGAUGUGGUUGCUAAAUAUGCAUCCCGCCUUGGCCAAUGCUUUUCGACAACGAGAGACCCACGAGGCAUCAGCCUUGGAAUUCAAGUCUCGACAAUUCCAGAUAUUGAGAAGAACGAUUGGUGUUUCAGCGAUGGGGUUGGCAAGAUAUCCCCGUGGGUAAGCAGCGAGGUUACAAAGAAGCUCAAAAUGUAUGACGAGCAUGGCAAGAUUCCAUCAGCAUUUCAAUUCCGCCAUGGAGGUAGCAAAGGAAUCCUCGUCACUUGGCCAGACGUCAAGUUCAACGAGAUCUGCCUCCGUCCAUCUCAGCAGAAAUUCUCUGCUCGGGCAAGAAACUUGGAGAUCGUUAGGUGUUCCCGCUUCUCUGUUGCUACACUCAACCGACAGACCAUCGCAAUCCUCAGCUGCUUAGGCGUACCCGACGAGGCGUUUGUUGGUCUGACUAAGAAUCAAUUGUCUGAUUACUCGACAGCAAUGACCAAUCCCGAAGUGGCACUAAGGCUGUUGCGACAAUUUAUCGACGAGAACGGGAUGACAACGACUAUCGCGCAGUUGAUCAUGGAUGGAUUCAUGGAUUCUCAAGAACCGUUCACGAAAGCGCUCCUGCAACUCUGGAGGGCAUGGUCAAUGAAAUUGCUUCGUGAGAAAGCCCGCAUCGUUGUCGAAAAUGGCGCGUUUGUCUUUGGCUGCAUAGAUGAGACACGCACCCUCCGUGGCCAAGAGAAUACGAUGGAGUCCAACUUGUCAAGAGACCGCAGCAAGCUGCCACAAGUUUUCUUACAGGUCUCCGUUCCUGAAAACGCCGGAGAAUACCGUGCAAUCAAGGGCGUCUGCGUGGUGGGGCGGAAUCCAUCUUUGCAUCCUGGUGACCUACGGGUAGUCGAGGCAGUUGAUGUCGACAAUGCCCAGCUCAAGACACUGCGAAACGUCCUCGUUUUCCCUGCCGAUGGGGAUCGCGAUGUAGCGUCCAUGUGCUCUGGAGGUGAUUUAGACGGCGAUGACUACUUUAUUUUCUGGGAUCCGAAGCUUCUUCCACAGGAGUGGAAUCACCCACCUAUGAUGCACGAUGCUGUGCAGCCAAAGAAAGCUGAGAAGAGCGUCACGAUCAGAGACAUUUCUAGAUUCUUCGUCGAAUACUUGAAAAAUGACUCUCUCAGUUCGAUCGCUCUGGCCCAUGUCGCCUGGGCUGACAAAGCAUCCGUAAAGAGCCCGGAAUGUCUUGAGCUUGCCAAGCUGCAUUCAAACGCAGUUGAUUAUGUCAAAACUGGUCAGCCAGCCCAUAUGGGAAGGGCGCUUCGUCCUAGGUCUUGGCCUCACUUCAUGGAGAGGGACCCUCAAAAGUCGUACAAAUCAGGAACGAUUCUGGGUCAGCUCUACGAUCUGGUUGCCAAGGUAGAUUUCACGCCCGAUUUUGAAGGUCCAUUCGACAGUCGCAUCUUGCGUCGGUAUAAGCUGAGCGAUAAUUUGCUCAAGCUGGCACGCGGUCUCAAGACCCAAUACGAUAUUGCAAUGAGACGGAUUAUGAACCAGAGCGAGAUUGGGACAGAGUUUGAGGUCUGGUCGACUUUCGUGAUGACCAAGCCUCGAAUUGGCACUGAUUAUAAGGUGCAAGAAGACAUGGGCCUGAUCAUGGCUGGUCUCAGAGAUCGGUUUGUACAAGCUUGUAUUGGACAAGCAGGACGGUCGGAUCGAGACAGAAAGGCUGACCGAGGCAAAGGCACAGAGUCCCAAGCAGAUGAGCACUUGCUAGCUCAACAUAUGACACCGACUAGCAUGCCCGAUACGAUACCAGCUUCAGCCGAAGCUAGGGAGGUACUGGACGUUGACAGAGACAUGCUCUGCCGAUUCGUUGCAGCGAUGUACAGGGUCACUUGGGAGGAGGUCCAAAUUGCUAUCCAAGAAUGGCAGGAUACUCGCAUGAUAGCCGGCCACCUGGUCCCAAAGAGAAGCAAGAACCAAAUGCCGCUCAUCAGCUUCCCUUGGCUCUUUGAGGCGGAUCUAGGUCGCAUUGCCACCAGUGGCACGGCUGCCAGCAUGGAACUGAACGAACUACCACGGGCACCAAAACUGGUGACAGCCGGGACCAUUCAUGAAGCAGUGGAUGCUGUAGCAGCGACGUUGCAAGAUGGCCGGCUUUUCCACCGUGGUGAUGAGGUCUUCUUGAUUCACCAAGAUGUCGAGGGAGAUAACGAGGAUAAUUCCAGCAGCAGUGGUCAAGGUUCAACACCCGACGAGAGUGAUGUGGAGGCUGCCAUGUACCAACUCAUGCCUGCCCUUCAACCUACGAAAGCCGAUACGCCGGUUCCGCCUUUCCCUACGCCUAGCGCCAUCAUGCCGGCCAAGGAGAAGUUGGCAGCGGUUCUUGAGGACGAGGAAAAUGGAGAGGAAGAAAUCGAGGAGGUUGAGGAGAUUGAAGAAGAAUUUGAGGAUGCCAAUGUCUCAGCACGGAGGGCAGCUCUACAAAAACUCACCACGGGCUCAGAUGAAGAUUAGAUCAAGGAGCAAGGGGCAUUUUGGCGGCGAAGCCAGUUUGUACCAUAGGAGAGAUUCUACAGAGGCUCACUGACUCAAGUGGGCAAUAGACCGCAUCCAUGGAGACCACGGUGCCGCACAAGUUCAGUGGACGCCGGGUAGCCAGGCAUUAUGGCCAGGACAUAUUGCACGUGUAGUCAUGUGAGACUAUUAACCCCUUUGAGUGUCCAUUGCUUUGUCCCGUUACUCGACAGUGAUGGCGCGUAUACCGAGGGUAGUUCAACUGACAGAGCAGUGUAGGUGACGGAAGUGCACGGAUCUAGUGGGCGGGUGGUG